AUGUGUGAAGCCAGUUCAAGGGAGACUCGCCUGCGCCUCACCUCGCCGUUGUCAUUUUCGUCCACGGCCAAUGCCACCCCCUCCAUCAGAGGAUUUCUCCUUACCUCUGGGCGCGGCCAUGCAUCCGUCCGCAUCAAGCCAGCCGCGGAGGCCAUCAUCUGGUCAACCCCGACGGCUGUCAUCUAUGCGCUCAGGAAGACCGGGCUCAGCAGUAUCGUCGCCGCUUCGCAUCAAAAUCAGACUGAGCAGCGACGCCAACAGCAGCUACUUGAACAUGAGCAGCGUACUUCGGCGACGUCGAAAUCACCCUCUGAGUCCAAGUGGUGGCGCAUUCACUUUUUUCGUGGCAUGAAGAAUGAUCUCAAGCGCCGAGCUCCGUUCUAUUGGAGUGAUUGGACUGAUGCCUGGGAUUAUCGUAUCGUGCCAGCCACUGUGUAUAUGUACUUUGCAAAUAUCCUGCCUGCUUUGGCCUUCUCACUGGACAUGUUCGAAAAGACGAACCAAAGCUUUGGCGUCAACGAGGUCUUGCUCGCCUCUGUCCUCGGAGCUGUGGUAUUUUCGGUCUUUGCGGCCCAGCCGCUGGUCAUUGUUGGAGUCACUGGUCCGAUCACUGUCUUCAAUUACACUGUCUACGACAUUAUCACACCAAGAGGUACUCCUUAUCUGGCUUUCAUGUGCUGGAUUGGCAUCUGGUCAUUGGUGAUGCACUGGAUUCUCGCUGUGACCAACGCCUGUAAUGCCCUGACCUACGUGACACGCUUUUCCUGUGAUAUCUUUGGGUUUUACGUUGCGUUGAUCUACCUCCAGAAGGGAAUUCAAGUCCUGACUCGUCAAUGGGGUCAAGCUGGCGAAACAUCGGCAUACCUAGCCAUCAUGGUAGCGCUCCUGGUCCUGAUGGCUGCCUGGGUCUGUGGAGAGCUGGGCAACAGUAAUCUCUUCUCCCGAUGGUUUCGCAAGUUCCUCGAAGAUUACGGAACCCCUCUCACGAUUAUCUUCUUCACUGGGUUCGUCCACAUUGGACACAUGCGAGACGUGAAUGUUUCUACCCUGCCGACAAGUAAGGCGUUUUUCCCAACUCUCGAUCGACCCUGGUUGGUUCGCUUUUGGGACAUCAGUGUUGGUGACAUCUUCCUGGCCAUUCCUUUCGCCUUGCUUCUAACGAUUCUCUUCUACUUUGAUCACAAUGUCUCGUCUCUGAUCGCACAGGGCACCGAGUUCCCUUUGCGAAAGCCCGCGGGUUUCCACUGGGACAUCUGGCUGCUGGGCCUUACAACCUUUGUCGCCGGAAUUCUUGGUAUUCCGUUUCCCAACGGGCUUAUCCCCCAGGCACCCUUCCACACCGCUGCACUUUGUGUGACUCGUCAAGUGGCCGAUGAAGAUGAUACCAACAAAGGCAAAGCCAUCCGUGUAACGGAUCACGUUGUCGAGCAGCGUGUGAGUAACCUUGCCCAGGGUCUCUUGACGCUGGGAACGAUGACCGGUCCGCUUCUUAUUGUGCUCCACCUUAUCCCACAGGGCGUCAUGGCCGGGCUAUUCUUCAUCAUGGGCGUUCAGGCCCUACAAGGAAACGGGAUCACCCAAAAAUUGAUCUUCCUGGCUCAAGAUAAAGAUUUCACGCCGGGAUCCAAUCCUCUGAAAAGACUGGAACGCCGAUCAGCGAUCUGGGCGUUUGUCCUGAUCGAGCUCAUUGGCUUUGGUGCCACUUUUGCCAUCACUCAGACGAUCGCUGCCAUUGGAUUCCCCGUGAUUAUUCUCCUCCUGAUUCCCGUGCGAUCAUUUUUAUUCCCAAUGUGGUUCACCCGCGAGGAACUGAAUACUUUGGACGCCCCCACUGCCAGCCCGUUUACCAUGGAGAGCGUUGGUGGAACGCAUGGGUUGAGUGAAUUACAUGAUGAUUUGGCGGCGACGGGUGGCGCUGCUGUCAAUCCAUCCUCAGUUGGCGGUGAUGGGGUCCUCGGUGGCCGCCCCAGUUCGUCCUCCGAGUCUGCGGUCGAGGAUGAUCUGGAACGGGGUGAGGUUUACGAACUCCAAUCCAUUAUUCAUCGGCGCAGCAGUCACAGUCAAGCGAAGUAG